UCGGAUUUGGAUCUAGGGUUUUUAAAUUUCUGAUUAUUCUUGAGGAGUUGCAGUGAGAAUGCCAAUCAGUUAUACUCAAAGCUCCGAAUCGGAGCCGAGUGAGGAUAUGAGUUGGGCAAGAGCUGACGGUAAUUGGGGUAUUCCUAGAUAUUGUUUCUGUGGAACCUACGUUAAGCUUGUUGUGUGUACCACUGGCAAUAAUCAAGGAAGAAAGGAAUACAAAUGUCCGAAUUAUGAGGAUGGUGGAGAACACCUCCAGAAGUGGUGGGAUGAUGCGGUUAAUGAGGAGUUUAGUGUUGUGCGUAACAAAUUUGAAACCCAGAAAGAAUCAAUCCACCACGCUUACCAAAAUCCAAUGUUGGAGUCACUUCGCGAGUCUGUUCGAAUUAUGCGUGCUCAACUCGAUGAUCUUGAGAAGCGUUUGGAGGAGAAAGAAACCCAGAUUAGCAAGCUGAGGGAUUUGCUAGCUAAGUGGUAGUUGGUUGUGGUUGUUGUACUUAAGAAACCGAGUUUGUUGUA